UUCGUGCCGCGGCGAAUUGGCCCAACUAUCAUUGUUGCUGUUGUAGCGAAUGGCCCAAAACAUUUUUUACCAACAGUAAAAUUGGCCCAACUUCGUUUCCGACAGAAAUUUUUUUGUUGUAAAAUAUUGCUCCCGACACGCCUAUCUAUCAUUUGACACAUUACAAUUGGUCUAAAGUUGACCCGGUAGGCCAAUCAAAAGUAAGAAAAUAACGCGCCAGCUCUGCCCCCUGUAAGGAUACUGUUCCGUCAAACAAUGCGCACCAGAUGCGCACGCUUCAUUGUUUAUUUGUCUACCAAGUCAUGAAGUUAAGGACUGUGCACCACACCGAUGUGUUUUUAAACAGGUUAAAACACAAAUCGAUUAGAAUGGGUUUGAUAAUACCAGAAAAGCGCGCCCACGCCUUCCAAAACUACAUCAUUUUGGCGCCUUUGCAGCAGAAGCCUAGCUGGAGGCAUCAAAAGUGUAUCCCAGAAUGCGUCGUCCUGGAUCCAAAAGCUAGGAAAAAAUGACGAACGUAGAUGAGGCGGUGUCCCUAGAGGAACAACAAUACGCGGAAAAUACCAUGCAGUUAUUGUUUGGAGACUCUGAGGACACCGCACUGAACGGAAACUUUGAACUGCUCCUUCUGGCCGCCAGCAUCAGUUCUAGUGCCAAGGAAUCAUUAUCAGUGCAAGUUAGCGAGUCAAGUUCAAGGAGCGACAAUGAUGGUGGCCAGGACAGCAGCAUGCUCUCAAAUUACCUUGGCCCAGGCACCCCUCUGUUUGAAAAUCAAAAUGUUGCUUUUACCGAAGCCCACGCACUCCACGAGCAAGUGCAAGUUAGCGAGUCAAGUUCAAGGAGCGACAAUGAUGGUGGCCAGGACAGCAGCAUGCUCUCAAAUUACCUUGGCCCAGGCACCCCUCUGUUUGAAAAUCAAAAUGUUGCUUUUACCGAAGCCCACGCACUCCACGAGCAAGUUGUUGGCGAGGAGAAUGAUGCUGGCCUGGACACCAGUGCGCAAGAUAACUUAGAAUGUGAGAAAAUCACGUUUUGUGAAGUAAAAAGACGUGCAUGGAAGCAGUCUUUUAAGAAGACGCUCAACAAAGCUAAUAGGCAUGCUGGAAAAGCCUAUGAAGGAACCACAACGAAAACCCCAGAUGGAAGGAAGCAAACUAUUGUGAAGAAAAUCUCUGCAGGCAAGAUGUGCAACUUUCAGAAGCAUCCACAAAUCAUGAAAUGUUCGGAGUUCAACGACCUCUACAUCACACAGUUCCAUGCAGAUCACAGACAAAAUCACCCUACCAAAGAAGCUCAACAAAUUUUUGUGAAGUCUUCUAUCCACAUCACAAAGUCUGAACGGGGUCAAGAGCGAGCUUAUUAUUUACGCCACCCACAAACAAACAAAACUUUGAGAAUUUGCAAGGAUCUUUUUUCAUCCUGCGUUGGGGUGCCCGUUAGAACAGUGAGGAGAUGGACCUUGACCAAUGAAAAGCCAAGUGUGCAAGUGCCACAACAAGCUGUGUCAAGGAAGAAACCGGACAAGGAAGGCUUGGAUUCCUUUUUUGAGAAGCUUCCAAGAAUGGAAAGCCACUACGCCCGCGCCGCACACGAGGGAAACACUUAUAUCUGCAACUCAGAGGAUUUGAAUGACAAUGGUGUGAAUGGCUACAUCACCUUGGAUGCUUGGAUUGAUACCAAAUAUCAGUUGCAUAAGGUCUACCUCAAAUUUUGCCAGGAGAAUGGCUUUACACCGUUUGGUCGUACUGCAUUUACAGAAGAGAUGGACCGAAAGAAGGUCAAAUUGUGGAGGCCCAAAAAGGAUCUUUGCAACACCUGUGAAAAGCACAAGUCAAGAGUUCAAGCUGCUAAGACUCAGGGAAAGGAACUACCCAUUGAAGAAGACAAACUGUUUGAAGAACAUCUGGAAAGGAAGAGUGCCGCCAGAGAAAAUUUGAAGCGCCUCCUGAGUGAGGCCAAGACAGAUGAGAGACAAGGCAAGCUGAUUGUUGUGCAGGUAGAUUUAGAGGCUUGCAUGACGCUGCCAAAGCACAACGCAAACAUCCUUUACUACAGGACAAGACUCGCCAAUCACAACUACACGGCAAAAAAUUUGGUCGAUGGAAGCGUGGACUGCUUCUUUUGGUCGGAAACGGAUGGGGGCCUGACGGCAAGCGUGUUUGCGUCAAUCUUGCAAGAAUACCUCAAUAAGUUGAAGGAGAAGUACCCAUCACUAGAACUUGUAGUAAUUUUCUCUGAUGGUUGCAGCGCCCAAAAUCGAAAUUUUGUGCUCUCAAACAUGCUCCUCGAAUGGGCUGUGUUGAACAAAAUUGAGAUUCAACAUUACUAUCUAGAGCCAGGGCACACACAGAUGAGCGUGGACUCUGCUCACAGCAUGAUCGAGAGGCGCCUACGAAGGCAACAUUCAUUGUUUGUUCCACGUGACUUGGUCAAGGGCAUCGUUUUGGCUAAGAAGAAUCCAAACGACGCCUUUGUGGUACAUAGAUUGAAGUAUUGUUUCUUUAAGGAUUUCACCAAGCUCAAACACUUCACAACCAUCAGACCUUCAGAUGGUGUUGUAACGGACAUCCGAGCCCUGCGAUAUGCACCCAAUGGACAGGUGUUAUACAAAAAAACCCUCAACGAAGAGUGGAAAGAGUUGCGUAGAAAGCGGAAAGCUUUCACGAUCAAUGACCAGCAGUUAGGAAACCUUUACCAAGACAGAAUUCCCAUUAAGCGCGCCAAAUACAAUCAUCUUCAAGACAUCAAAAAGGUGAUCAUGCCUCAGAGAUUUUGGCGCUUCUAUGCAAAUUUGCCCCAUGAUUAACGUAUUGUUAAAUGUUUACUGUACGAGACAAACACCAGUUUAAAUAAAAAUAUAGA